UGCUUCGUAAAAAUUGUCGGUGCAGAAAACUCAACUGUUUUGUUUAUGUUGUUGUAUUACUCUUAGCAUUCUCAAUACUUUGGCUAACCCUAUAGCUACUUUUUAUGCCUGUGGUUUUGGUAGGCGUGUACCUCUCUUAGUAACGUGUUUAUGUAUCUAUUGAAAUGAUGAAUAACCAUAAGGAAGUAUUUAACUUGUUAGACGACAUCAGUGAUUUGUCAAGUGUAGAUGACCUGGAUCUACGACAAGCACCGCAUAAUGAAACUAAACUGCUAAAGAAGAAACCAAAUAGGAGGAAGAAAUUGAAGUCGGGUCGACAGACGAACAUCGACUACAGAUCUUCGUCGUGUUCGUCAUGGCGGUGCACGCAGGCCGUCGUGUUCGUAGUGCUUAUUGUCGGACUCGCCAUCUUGUCGUGGGUCACGCUGACGCUCUACAGACAAGUGAACGACCUUGCGAGCCGCUGCAGUCCGGCCGGUGGUUCGGAAUCCAUCGCCGAGCAGCUGCAGCUGUCGCAGGAUCGUCUCAGCGCUCUCGAGAAAUACUUGAAGGUCUACACGAUGGGACCGAAUGGCCUUGAUGAGCUACACGACAACCUCACGAUGGCAUACAUGCAGAUCAACGCGUUGAACGUGACUGUGAGUCAGCUCCAGCGAAACAUCACCUCCAGAAGCGCCUUUUCAUCCCUCGUUGACAACCCGGAGGAUUUGGUAGAAGGUAUAGGCCUAGUAGGAAGUCAGGUGCUGACUUUACAGGAGGAUUUGAUGGAACUUCAAGAUGCAGUGAAGAACUCUGCACAGCUCAAGUCGGAUGUUGAGACCAGAUUCAACCUAAUAACCAGUCAAUUAGAGAGGCUCAAUAGCAGUUACUACAAUAGUGAAAGCAAGCCACUCACACCAGCUCUCCCCCGCGGCUAUUCAGGAGAAGAGCUAGAGUUAUUAACUGAGAUGUUAAAUCUGAAUUUGUCAAUCGUUGAGAGAGAGCUAAUGAGUAUGAAUACUACACUAUGGGGACAAAUUGGGGAGAUGGGAGGAGACAUCGGUCUAAAUAAGGUGAACCUUCAGCAACUAUCAUCAGAUAUCGGUGAAUUAAAGCCUCAAAUUUCCAUUCUCAUGGCAGCUGCCAAUAAUUCAGAUGCUCAACAUAAGGAGGAUUCAGAAUUCGUCCUACAGUUGCUAGAUGACAUUGGGAAUAUCACAGACGAGGUUUCUUUAUUUAAGCAACAGAUGUCAAACAGUGGUGUGCUAAAGAGAGAUCAGUUAGAACCAAUUGUGCAGGAGAUCAUUGCCAACGUGACUAGAGACACAUCUGACCAGCUUGCGGUAUUUGAAAGUGCUCUUAACAAGUUACAAACUGAUGUUGCAGUGCAAGGAAAUAAUCUAACCAGACUUGAUGCACAUAUAACUGCAAUGCAAUCGUUUCUUAGCACCUUGACAGAUAUUUUCAGCGAUGAUUACGACGCCAUGGAAGCACCACCUGAUGAUGAACCAGAGGACACCGACAAGACGACGUCGGAACACUAACGAUGCUAGACAACUCUCCUUUAGAUAUGAACUGUAUUCGGCCGUUUAUUAUGUACAGUAUUGUUAUAGAUUAUAUGUGUUGUGUACGUGCAUCUGUGUGUGUGCGUGCGUGCGUGUGCGUGUGUUUGUGCGUGCGUGCGUGCGUUUGUGCGUGCGUGCGUGCGUGCGUGCGUGUGUGUGUGUGCGUGUGCGUGUGUGUGUGCGUGUGUGUGUAUGUGCAUCUGUGUGUGCGUACAUGCGUGCGUGCGAACGUGCGGGCUUGCGUGUGCGGGAAUUUGGGUGGGGAGAGAGUUUGUAUGGAUGUUGGAUGUGCAUGCUUAUAUCAAAGUCUACGCUUCUGUAUGAACAGUAUACAUUAUGAAGAUUGAGAUGCAUCUAUUAAGGUCUGGCCGUAUCUCAUACAUGUCGAACAAACGUGCGUGUACUGCUCGUGGUCUGAUUGACUGGAUCUCUGAAUACUUGCCUCAAAGCAAGAUGAGACGUGUGAACAUGUUGGCUAUAUUUUCGUCGAGUGUGGAGCAGCCUCUUUGGACGUGUACGACAAUAGACACAACUUUGGAACCAAUACUUUACCCGAUUGUGCGGAGAACGAUCACUGCUCUUACAGCAGUGUUUCAUAGUAGUUGUCAUAUAAACGCCCUCGCUCGUCUAGUUACCAAAACCGUACGACGCUAGCUGGUUGCUGAAACCAAUAGCGAGGGGGUGACUCAUCCAGCGUUGACCGCUAUAGUUGCGGCGAUAUAUUGCGGCUGUCAUGUGAAGCAGCGUAGGCCAUAAACUGGCGUGUUCGGCCGCUGUUGUCUUGUCGCAUGAGUCACGCGCGGCGGCGGCGUCGUAAAGAAGACGUUGAUCGUGCACAGCUUGUUAGCCCCACACAUAAACCUCCCGCGACAAGCCCUUAACGUGAAAUGGGACCAGUCGAGUGCUAAGUCGCGUGGAAACUGGCUAGCACCGUUCCCUUAUACUGUGAUCGCUCGUACUAGUUAUAUAUAUAUAUACGCCUAUACCGUGGCAGGUGGGCGGAUAGUUUAGAUCGCGCGGGUUAAUGUUUUAUAUGAUUAUAUCAACUGCUCCGGUCGUAAUAUUUGUGCAAGUAUGUGUGCGUGCGUGCGUGCGUGCGUGCGUGCGUGCGUGCGUGCGUGCGUGCGUGCGUGCGUGCAUGUGUGCUUACGUGCGUGUGUGUG